ACUUACGGUAAUUAUGAGGCGACCAACGCCGGUCGGGUUUAGCUAACUAGCUUAGCCGAAAAGCGAGCCAGCGUUAUCCGCUACCAAAGAUGUCACACAAUCAUUUCGUGGGUAUAGAUAACGUUAUAAAAAAUAAAUUAGAAAAUAGCUUCAGUUUUAUGCAUUAGGAGAAGACAUUGGCUUCGAAGGUAGCGACAUGCUAACUAGCGAGCUAAUGUAGCUCACUUGUAAACAAAGGAUAUCAAAACAUUUCUAAUCACUUUAGUGCCAACAUGGCAGACUCACCGCCGCUAUCAGGUGUUAAUGUUGUCCUGGUGAUGGCGUACGGCAGCUUGGUCUUCGUGCUGCUCUUCAUCUUCGUCAAAAGGCAAAUUAUGCGUUUUGCCAUGAGAUCCCGUCGCGGCCCACACGCACCCAUCGGCCACAAUGCUCCAAAGGUACUACGAGAGCAGAUCGACUCCCGUUUGUCUAAAGUUCACGAGAUCCGGUUCGAACCUCGUCUCCUGCUUGAAAAUGAUGCCAGGCUCAGGCGUGGAUCACAGCUUAGUUGUUAUAACUACCUGUACCGGAUGAAAGCCCUGGAUGCCAUUAGGGACUCAGGUAUCCCUUUGGAGGAGAUGUGCAGCAGCCCGAGCGCCUUCACAGGCCGAAGUUUCCGGAGCUGGCUGCUGGAGCUACGAAACUCUCACUCGCUAAUCAAGAGUAGCCACGGCGCUCUCAUCGACCGUCUGCUCGAAGGCUACGACAACGCCCGCCACGGCACCGGGGUGUUCGGAGAAGCAGAAUUUCUAGAAUACCAGCAGGCGCUGAAUGAAUUAGCAGACGUUGUGAAGGCGUACUGGAGCAACAGCACUGUGGAGCAGCAGCAUCAGUCGGCGGCCAAGGACCUGACGGGUUCUCCGGACCGCAACGCUCCGUCCACCAUCCAGGUGACCUACCUGCCUUCGACCGGCCCACGCAGCAAAAGGCCCAAACACUUCUUGGAGCUGAAGAGUUUCAAAGACAACUAUAACACGCUGGAGAGCACUUUGUGACUGAAUUGUGUGUGUGUGUGUGUGUAGAAGAACAUUUGGACAUCGUAUUUUUGUUAUUGUGACAUUUUUGUAAAUAUAAUUUAUUGCUGUGUCACCUCCGAUUAAAAUUCUGCGUCAUGUACAAAUGAA